GUUUGUUAAAAGUCAUCGGUGACGCUCAUAAUUUUUUUGUCAUCGCCGUCGUUGAACUCUCUCGCCGGCGAUAAUGAUCUAUGUUGAUGGAAUACUUAUUCAAGAUGAGCAAAGCUCGUCUUCCUUGUCGUCUUCAUCGCAGGGAAGUAGCUUACUUCUUGAUGUAAUGAGACAUUCUGUGAUAAUGUCAGCUUCUGAAUCUUUUAAGAAUCUUGAAGAAAAGAAUGUGUCUUUCGCUGAAAGUGACUCGGAGAGCUCAACAAAAGACAGAUAUGUUUACAUAUUCCAAAGCGAAUUUGCUGUUGUGAAUCCAGCGCUUGUUGAUUUUGUUGGCACCGAUGAAGCAACCACUUGCGUAGGGCUUGUUAUCCGCAACAGAAAAUCUGGAAUGACGUCUAUUGCACACAUGGAUUCACCAAAAGUUGUGGAUUUGGGGUUAAGCCAGAUGUUAUCAUUGGUUUUAGAGGAUGACAAUGCUGAGUUAGAUGUACAUAUGGUUGGUGGUUAUGAAGAUGUCGACAUAAAGAAUGCUGAUGGUGGUGACUUUGCCGAACCAGAGGGUUACUCUUAUCCUUUGUGUUGCAAAUUAGUAGAAACUUUCCAGAAGAGACGAGAAAACUUUCACAUUCAAACCCUCUUUAUUCUUGGGCACAAUACCAAGUUGGAUGCACAAGGGAAUACGUGCCCCGUUUUCAAUGGAUGCCUGGUGGAUACAUCUACCGGUUCAAUUUUCCCAGCCAGUUUCGACAGAACAUCUAGAUGUCCGGAUGAGAUUGUUCGUAGAAUUCGAGUUUCAUCGUCAUUUGAUGAUCCUAGCUGGAAGGGAAAGCUACUUGACACAUAUGACACAAAAUCUGAUAGAUUCAUUAUCGCACCAUGCCGCUGGACAAUGCGUCUGGUUGAAUAUGUUUGGGAACUUAAUCAGCUAUCUGAUGAAGACAUCCUCAAUAAUUGUUCUACCUCACCUUCUGCUGAAGGUCCAGACUUCGUAGACAACUCAAGAAGGGUUUGGGAGUAUUUACUAAAAUAUCCAGAAUGGAGCAAGACAUACCCAAGGAGACAACCACGUGUGUUUGAAAGGACUACUGAUGGACAAUGGACAAAAUGCUGACUGUCUCACCCUAAAUCGUUACAUUAUCCACAAAUCUGGCUAUAAAUAACGAUUUGAGUGUAUCUAUCUACACAUUUAAUUCAAUGGAAUUGUUUGCACUCGGAAGAAA